CCUCCAUUUCGCUGCGUCGAAAGUCUCCUCCCCGCAACCGCUAGAUUCAGCGAUCCAAACCCAGUCUCUCUCGGACCGGUCUUUAACUUGCUCAAACGAACCUGCCAGUACCUCGUUGGGUACCGAGAGGUAGUUUGGAAAACUCUAAUCACGGAUUGAGUGCGAUUUGACGCGGAUGGCGACUCCUUCAACGACAAUUUAGUAAAAGAAAAGUGCUUGGAAAUUUCAGCAAACAGUGCAUCAAGUCCUCCAAAGUAUCUCCUUUCCCCCCCACAGAUGCAGUGGUGUCUUUGAUCUCAGCAUCCUGGAAGUGGAAAGUACAGAAGAGACUGGGCCUAAACCACAUACAGGUGCAGUGUGUAGCAGAAGCGGUCCAGAAGGAGGAAGACUUGGGGAGGAGGUGGUGCAGCAGCGCACCCCUCCGGCUGUGGCUGUGCUGGGUGGCAUCCCAACGGCUACACAGAAUGUGGCCGGGCCACCCCAGCAUGUCCUGCAGCCGGUCCCAGCUGCCUCACUACCACCACCACUACUUGGCCCUGCCGCUGAGAUGGAGAAAGCAAACACACAGGCUGCAAAUCAAGAGCAGACUGCCACUUUGGCUUGGCAAAACUGCAACACCAAGGAGCCUAAGGAGAAGUCAACCUUGGACUGCAGUACUGAAGCUGUCCAAAGACAACCUGUGCCCAUGGCUGCAGGAAGUUCACAAAACGCACUCUCAGACGGACUUUCAUCUUGUGACGCAGUCAGUGUUAGAAAAGGGCAGGAUUUGCAUUAUGGGUAUAACACUGAGAAAACAAGCCUUGAAUACGGGGAGACAGAAAUGGCAGAAGGAACUGACCAUUGCCAGGACUGGACCCCUAUCCCUGGAGUUGCAGAUAAGAAUGAAAAGGGACCCAUGGCUCCAGAAAAAGCAUAUCUGGAAUGCAAAUCAAAGAUUGGUAAAGAGGAAGCAUGUGGAACAAAGCACACGGCACCACCACAGAGCACCUGUAUCCCCACAACUCAGUCCAGCUCAGCAGUCUCCACUGCACAUAAAACAACAGAGAGAGACCACAAGCAACCUGGAGACACAGAGCAGUUCCAAACGGUACCAUCUCUGCACUCAGCUCAGGGCAGUUUACUGCUUGAGUGUGAUGUCCAGCAACUUGUGCAACAACCUCUUGCAUCAACAAUCAUCACAGCCAAUGCAGAAGAACUUAAUGAGUCCAGUAAUGUCAGUAAUUCCAUGGAUGAAGUCACAAAAGAGGGACUUGCAGCAAAUGAAGAAGGGGGUAUUGGUUCAAGUUCAACGUCAUCUGAAAAAGAGUGGCAUUACUCAGACACAGGAGACUCAUCUUCAAAGCAAGGAGAAUCUGUUUCUGCAAUACCUGUUCCCACAGGAAAUGGAAAUGGCACCCCAAAUAACACAGAUGGAAGCUUCUCUAAAAGUCUCCAGCAACCUUCUCUUGGUGCAGUUUCCACCCCUAAUGCUGCCUUUCCUCAGAAAAUACCCAAUCCCUCAAACCAUCCUCAGAACACACAGGUUACACAAGCGAACCAGUUGAACUGCAGUGGAACCCCUAAAUCUGUUUUAAUAGGGAACAAGACUAGUGUGAGUCGGGAACAGAAGAUACAGACUGUUUCUCUAGAUGGAACAGGAGUAAGUUAUGAUAUUUCUGUUAAAGAACCAAAGGUGUUGGGGGAUGAGACAUGCUCUCACAACAUACAGGCCCCUAAAGUGACUGAAGGGUCCCAUAUGGUUGCUUGCAGUGCAUCACAGGGGAUUGUGAAACAGAAUGACUUUGCCAAAAGUAUGCAAAUUAGUCCAUAUCAAGAUCACCAGCCAGAUGGGAGCUAUAUACACUUAGACAAAAACAAAUGUACAGAUUCAGAGGGAUUAGACUCAAAUGAGCCAUGUCUCUCCCAGGUUAAUAAUGACUGUUUAAUUCAACAAGGGCAAGAAUCUAUUCUAGUAGAUCAUAAGCUCCCACAGAUGGAAUGCCUAAAUGAUGGUAUUUCAACAUCUGAUAAUAUGAAUGUGGAUGAAAAGCAUGAUGAGAAUUCAGAUGCUUUUUCUGCACUAAAUGCUGUUGAAAUGAAAGAUUUAAUUGAUGUAGGUAUUCUAGUGCAGCCAGGGAUGGAAGACACGUGGUUAGUGGUAAGUGAUCACUCUCCACUGAUAGAUGGGCAGUGUCAAAGUACAGACGAUGCUGAGAUGAUUGACGUUAGCACAGAAGCUAUGGGGCAUUGUCCUGAAUCACAGGCAUCUGUUGCUGUCUAUGAGUGCACAGUACCCUGCUUUGCCCCAGAUGCUAUUCAUGAAGCUGCUAAGCUGUUGUUACCAGAAAAAGGUGUAGAAGUACCUGUAGAUAAACAUUCUUUUGAACCUUUAACAGAAACAUUGACACAAGACCUUGAUAUUCUCCCAUCUCAUCCUCCAACUGUUUUAGCAUCACAGAAUGUUUUAUCUUCCUCAACCUCUUUAACCUCUUCAGCAAAUAUUUGCAUAGAAAAUAUGGUUUCAAAACCUACAUGUUGCUCCAGUGCUGAGAAUACAACUAAUGUGUUAGAUUCUCCCCUAAAUAAAAGCCCUUCUACUGUGCAAGAGGAACAAAUGUCCACAGAAAAUAAAUCAGAUUCGUCCCCGAUUUCUCUUUCACCGAGUAUUAUUGAUCCAAAGUUGCUUAUACUAAAGAGAGGUGAGGCUCUCCUCAAACAACCUCCAAUGUUGACUCUAGUUUCCAGGAACCAGAGCCCAUCUGGUACCCCAAGUGAUUGCCUAGAUGGAGUCUCUGUAGAGUGCCUUUCAGAAUAUGACUUAACUACAGAUAUUGGAGCUGAAAAGGCAGGCCCGGCACCUCUCAGCUUUCAUGUACUAAAUGCUCCCUGUAAUGUUACUGCCUCAUCUUCAAAGGAUGAGUCUAAAAAACAGGCCUUAAUCAAAUCAGAACAUUUUCUAGAAAUUGAAAAACAGAUUCCACAAGAUGAUCCUUUCUUAAACUCUGCAUCAUGUACCCAAACUCAGACCCAUAACUCACCAAGACUGACUUCCAGGCCAGGCAGUAUGUGUAGUAUCAUCAAUGAUCAGUCUGAAGGUCCUGCUACCCAGCCAUUACAAGAUUCUAUGCUGUUGGAGGUAGAGGAACAUUUACCAGUUCAACAUUCGGAGGAAAUAAAGGAUGCCCAGGACAACACUAUAGAGCAGCUGGAUGCUUCUAUUGGAGACAGCAGUGAUGGAGAAGCAGAUGGUUCUUUAGAAACCCAGCCCAAUGAAAGCAUUGUUAUUCCCAGUCCAGCGCAAAAUAAGCAUGGACAGAGCAGGACAGACACACAGGCCUUUUUAAUGAAGGUUCGCCAGUGGAUAGCAGGCAGAGGUACAUCAAGCUCCACUCCCUCCACAUCUCGUACACCAUCGCCACCUCCCAGUUCCUCCUCUGUAGACUGCAAACAGAGUUUACCUUCUCCCCAAAACUCUGCCGGAGCCUCUCAGUCAGAUCAAACACUUGGUCAGCGGCCUCGCUCAGAGAAGCACACUGAUAUGGCAGAACUGGCCAAACAUGAAGCAGAGAUUGAGCAUCGGACACUUGCAUUGAAACGCGAGGGCUUCUGGUCCUUAAAACGUUUAUCUCGUGUGGCCGAGCCACUCCGGACCAAGGUGCAUUGGGAUUAUCUUUGUGAGGAGAUGCAGUGGCUUUCUGCUGACUUUGCCCAGGAGAGGCGCUGGAAAAGAGGCGUAGCCAGAAAAGUGGUGCGGAUGGUGAUGCGCCACCACGAGGAGCUACGGCAGAAAGAGGAGAGAGCAAAGCGUGAAGAGCAUGCCAAACUGAGGAGGAUUGCUGCAUCCAUCGCAAAGGAAGUCCGUGCUUUUUGGAGCAGUGUUGAGAAGGUUGUGCAGUACAAACAACAAUCUCGACUUGAAGAGAAACGUAAGAAAGCCCUGGAUCUGCAGCUGGACUUCAUUGUUGGCCAAACAGAACGCUACUCUGACCUACUUAGUCAGUCCUUGCAAGCCACACCUGCAGCCCCAACCAGUGUACCUUCCCGACAGAGUCAGCUUAAUGCACCUGAGGAAGAUGAUAUUGACUUUGAGCCUCCAUGUGAGGAGGAGGAUGAUGAAGAGACAAUUGAAGUGGAGGAGCAGCAGGAGGGGAAUGAUGAAGAGUCUCAGAGAAAGGAGAUUGAGUUAUUGAAGCAGGAGAGCACACUGCCACUUGACCAGCUACUUAGUACACUUACUCUCCCCCAGGCGUCUGCCUCUGAGGAUGAAGCAUCAGAUGAUUCUUCCUCUACAGUUGAAGAUGAAGACAAAGAGUUUUCAGCUAAUGAGGAAGAUGCGGAGGAUGUGGAGGACACCAUUGCAGCGCAGGAGGUGGUUGAGGGAGAUGGAGACCAUGCAGAGGAACUUGAUGACUUGGCUAAAGAGGGUGAGUUGAGUAUGGAAGAGCUGCUAGAGAAGUACAAAGGGGCUUAUGCCUCUGAUUAUGAAGAACCUUCAGCAACACCAGAGUCCUCAGAGGGAUCAGAGGGAACUGAAGAUGAAGACGAGGAAGAGACUGAGGGAGAUGAAAGUGAUGAUGCCUCCUUAGAUUCAGCAGAAAACAGUGAUGAGGAAGAUGAUGCUGAAGCUGAGGAAAGUGAUGAGGAGGAUGAAGAUGAUGGAGGAGAGGGGAUGGAGGUUUUAUUAAGGGAGGGAGAUCACAGCCCCUCUGUCCCCACAUCUCCACGUCCUAAAAAAGAGAUCAGCCAUAUUGCUGCUACUGCUGAAAGCCUUCAGCCUAAAGGAUAUACCCUGGCCACAACAAGUGUGAAAACGCCUAUUCCGUUCUUACUUCAUGGCAACCUGCGUGAGUACCAGCACAUUGGACUAGACUGGUUGGUCACUAUGUAUGAAAAGAAGCUUAAUGGUAUCCUGGCAGAUGAGAUGGGACUUGGUAAAACUAUUCAGACUAUUGCCCUGUUGGCACAUCUGGCUUGUGAAAAAGGUAACUGGGGCCCUCAUUUAAUCAUUGUGCCCACCAGUGUAAUGCUGAACUGGGAGAUGGAGCUGAAACGCUGGUGCCCCGGCUUUAAAAUUCUUACUUACUAUGGCAGCCAGAAAGAGCGCAAACUCAAGAGACAGGGCUGGACCAAACCUAAUGCUUUCCAUGUGUGCAUCACUUCAUAUAAGCUGGUUUUGCAAGACCAUCAGGCAUUCAGACGCAAGUCCUGGAAAUACCUCAUUUUGGAUGAGGCACAAAACAUCAAAAACUUCAAGUCCCAGCGUUGGCAAAGUCUACUAAACUUCAACAGUCAUCGACGGCUACUGCUUACUGGUACUCCGCUGCAGAACAGUCUGAUGGAGCUCUGGUCGCUCAUGCACUUUCUCAUGCCGCAUGUCUUCCAGUCCCACCGUGAGUUUAAGGAGUGGUUCUCCAACCCACUGACUGGAAUGAUUGAAGGCAGCCAAGAAUAUAAUGAGGGUCUUGUGAAACGGCUACAUAAGGUGCUAAGGCCCUUCUUGCUCCGGCGUAUCAAGGCAGACGUAGAAAAACAAAUGCCCAAAAAAUAUGAGCAUGUUGUGCGCUGCCGCCUCUCCAAAAGACAGCGCUUUCUCUAUGAUGACUUCAUGGCACAAGCCUCAACGAAGGAAACCCUAGCUAGUGGACACUUCAUGUCUGUAAUUAACAUCUUGAUGCAGCUGCGUAAAGUGUGUAACCACCCCAACCUGUUUGACCCACGUCCAAUCCAUUCUCCCUUUAUCACUGAGACUAUUACCUACUCCACUGCCUCCCUGGUUCUGAAGGCUUUAGAGACAUCCCCUUUCCAGCGCUGUGACCUCUCAAUGUUUGACCUGGUCAGUCUGGAAGGUCGUGUCUCUCGGUACCAAGCAGAUGUUUACCUUCCACAAAGGAAAGUAACACGUCAGCUGAUCCAGGAGAUCAUGGAGUCCCCUGAGCCUCCGCCCAGACCUAAACCUAUUCGGAUGAAGGUCAACAGGAUGUUUCAACCACUCCCAAAGUCUGAUGGACGUUCAACAACACAGAAUAGCCCACGGCCCACAUGUCCAGUCUCUCCCGCAGUUCAGCCUGCAUGGCCACCUCUAAUUACAGAGGUCACUCAGGCUCCUGUACAGCCAACACCUCAAGUGUCCCCUGUCACUUCUGUUGCUGCUCCACAAGCUCCUGCAUGUCAAAGUGUUACCUCCACGGGGACUGCAAACCCAGUUAUGAGUAUUCGGCAUGCUCCACCUUCCACUGUCCCAACAGUGUCUGUCACCCCUCAACCCUCCAGCAAUGUCAUGACACAGAGGGUGCUCCUCAGCCCUGAUAUGCAGGCCAGAUUACCAUCUGGAGAGGUGGUGAGUAUUGCCCAGCUGGCCUCCUUGGCUGGUCGUCCAGUGUCGUCCAGUCAGGGCAGUAAGCCUGUCACAUUUCAACUGCAGGGUAACAAACUCACCCUGUCUGGUGCUCCGCUCCAAGUGCCUGUUGCCCAGCCACGGUCUAUCCAAGGAAAUGUAAUGCAUCUGGUAUCCAGCGGUGGGCAGCACCACCUUAUUAGUCAGCCAGCUCAGGUUGCAGUUCUCCAUACACUUAGUCAGUCAGGUAGCAUCUCAGCAAAUCCCAACCCAACCAGCACAAUCCCAUCCUGCUCUGGACUAGCGGUACCCCUCACUGCUGCUCAAGUUCCAUCACCCAGAGUAAGUGGACCAGGAAUUGUAAAGAUUGUUGUUCGCCAAGCAGCAGGCAAAGAAGGUGGGCAGGUCCCCACUCUGGCUGUGCCCCCAUCUCCUCGUGUUGCAGCUCCUCAGUCAGUUUUGUUGCACCCACAUGGGACCCCAAGCUCUACUAUCAGACCACCUACUCCACAACAGCCUUCCCAGAGACUUCCUGUUCACCCUUCUCCUCCUCAAGCUCCUACCUCAAGCCCUGGCCAAACUCCACCUUCACGUUCUGUGCUCAAGGUGGUGGAAGAAACAUCCCCAAGCACAGGGUUAGCUAAGGCAAAUGCCUCAUUAGUGGUUGAAGAGAGCAGUAGUGAUGUUCUUACUCUUAAACCUAUGUCCUCGUCUCAAAGCCGUGCAUCUGGAUUUCAGCAUCCCCGAAUCCAUCCUCAACCACCAUCACGAACACCAUUUUACAUGUCAUGGCUUGCCGAUCGUCAUAAGGCCCAGAGAGAUGACCGGAUCUCUCAAAUCUUUCGAAUAAAUGAAUUGCACUGCAAUGCAAAACCUGUGUUUGGUCAAGAGGUUCUGGAUUUUCUCACUUUCCUUCCAGGCCCAAGUCCUACACCAGCUAAACCUAUCUUUAGCAGGUGGAACCACUUGGGAUAUAGUUCUUGUCGCAUUGCUCAAUCCCAACAUAAGCGUGACUACCUGGAUCAGAGCAAAAUUCUCAGAGAAGCAAUUAACAGCUCUGAGGAGAGGCUCCACCUUAUGUCUGAGGUCAUAGACAGGUUCACAUUUGUCAUCCCUCCGGUGGAGGCCAAGCCUAUCACCAUGCAUAGCUGCCAUCCACCUCCCUCCCUCAGUCACCAGCAGGCUCUCUUUUCCUCCAGACUCUCUACUCAUCUUUCUCCACUCAUGCAUACGCUGCACCGCAUUCGCUGUAAUAUGCGGACACAUUUCCCUGACUUGCGACUUAUCCAGUAUGAUUGUGGCAAGUUGCAGACACUCCAUCUUCUGCUGCGGAAACUGAAGUAUGAAGGUCACAGAGUGCUCAUAUUUACUCAGAUGACCCGCAUGCUGGAUAUACUGGAGCAGUUCCUCAACUACCAUGGGCAUAUUUACUUACGGUUGGAUGGCAGCACACGAGUAGAACAAAGACAGGCCCUGAUGGAACGUUUCAAUGCAGACCGUCGAAUCUUCUGUUUCAUCUUGUCCACGCGUAGUGGUGGUGUGGGAGUAAAUCUGACGGGGGCUGACACAGUGGUGUUCUAUGACAGUGACUGGAACCCCACUAUGGAUGCUCAGGCUCAGGACCGCUGCCACCGUAUUGGACAAACCAGGGAUGUUCACAUCUAUAGACUGAUCAGUGAACGGACUGUGGAGGAAAACAUUUUAAAAAAAGCCAACCAGAAAAGAAUGUUGGGAGAUAUGGCAAUUGAAGGGGGUAACUUCACAACUGCAUUUUUCAAACAGCAAACUAUCAGAGAAUUGUUUGAUGUGUAUGAGGGGGAAAAGAAGGACACUGAAUCAAGUGUACCUCUGUCAGAGGAUGAGGAAGCCAUAAACAAACAACAAACUACUAUUCUGGAGCAGGCUUUGUGUCGUGCUGAGGAUGAAGAGGACAUAGUAGCAGCUUCCCAAGCCAAAGCAGAGCAGGUGGCCGAGUUAGCAGAAUUUAAUGAAAAUAUUCCUCUGGAUGAUGGUGAGAGCAGAGACCAAGAAGAGGAGGAACUUUCCAAAGCUGAGCAGGAAAUUGCUGCUCUGGUAGAACAGCUCACUCCCAUAGAGCGAUAUGCCAUGAAUUUUCUGGAGGCAUCUCUUGAGGAUAUUUGCAAAGAAGAACUGAAACAGGCUGAGGAGCAGGUUGAAGCUGCAAGAAAAGGAUUAGAUCAGGCAAAGGAGGAGGGUCUCAAACUACAUCAGUCAUCUGAUAACGAUGAUGACGACUCCAUGCCGCACACUCCAGAGGAACACCCUCCAGCUCGGCGUACACGCAGACACAGAGAGAAAGGUGCUCCCUCUACAAGGGUCAGUGGCAGGCUUAGAGGGACACCAGCUAAAAUGGAUGAUACGUCUACAACACAAGCAUCCCCAGACAGAGAGAGAGGGAGGAGAGCGGAGACAAGUGUGAACCGUGCCCCUGGGCCUAGUUCCAGUCUAAAGUCCUCCCAGUCCAGAGAAGUGCCUGAAAGACUCCGUAGUGGUAUGCGAGGAAGAGCAGAAAGCGAAGAUGUGGCCUCCUCAACAUCCAUAGUAGGAGGACCUCAGAAACUACAAAUCGAUCAGCAGAUCUCUGAUACAGAAAGAUCCAGCAUACCAUUGCAAUAUAACCAGGCCCUCUCUCCAGUGCCUUCUGAUGCUGCCUCUUUAUCAGUGGACCGACACUCCAGUGGACAUACUGCAACACUAACGACAAUAUUCAGAGAUACAGCGGAUGAGCAUGGAGCAGAGACAGACAACACCACCACUCAACAGAUGAUGAGAGAGAGAAGGGCAUCUGUAUCUUCAGAAUCUAUUUGCUCUCCAGAACAUCAGUCAGACCAGGAUGGCCAGCAUUCACUCUUUCCUUCACUGUCAUCUCCACAUUCUCGUUCACCCCGUAAGCGUCAGUCUGCUGAUGAAGAGGUCCUGAAGGGCCUUCCGGAAGAUUCUCCAUCUGCAAAGGUUCUUAGAAAGCUUCCUGGUCGCCUCGUCACUGUGGUUGAAGAUAAGGAACCAAAGCGAAGGAAAAGGGGGGAAUGUGGAAGUGGAGGAGUGCAUACUGAAGGGUCCUCUGAAGAGACAGAGCAGGCUGACUCCUCACAUGAUACGAUUCCCCUUUCACCAGUCCAAUCACUUAAUGAGAAGUCUCUUAUAAAAUCACCCUCAACAUCCCCUCCUGAGACACAGCAAGGACAGGACCAGGCCUCCCCUUCGUCACUCACAAAUCCAGGGAGAGGCUACCACCCUUACUCACCUACACACCAUUCACCAGACAUGCCUGUCCUUCGGAACUUACCGGUACGCAGGCGCUUGGAGACGGAAUCUCGUAUGGCUGCUCAAUUAGGAGAACAGUUCCUAAAUAAAGCCAGAGGGCUUGACAGACGAACCCCACUAUCACCAAAGAAACAGGAACCUAUUUCAUCUAAGGAUGGCAGUACCAUGCCUAAUGUUGUGUCUGAUGCUAAUGCAACCUGUUUCUCACCAGGGAAGCGUAAAAGAGGUCGGCCUCCCAAAAUCUCCCCUAAGCCACCAGAACCCCCAGAACCAGAUAUCCCUGUGGCACCUAAAUCUGUAAGUGAAGAACAAAGUCCACCUCAGUCACCAAAGCGAAAGAGGGGACGACCUCGCAAAGAUUCCACUACAAAUGCAGUUGACAGUUGUAAACCUGACAAAGAAGCAAGCUGUCCUACAAGUCUGUCAUCAGUUUCACAGGAAAGCAUUUCAGCUGUACACCUUAACUCGCAUAGUUCCAGUUUGGGGCCUUUAACUGUGCCCGCUGUUCCUGAGUGCCCAACAAUAAACUCUGUAGCUGACAGUGCGCUUGAAUUGUUAAAAACUGCAGAUUCUCCCCAAUCUCCUAAAACAGACACUCAAACCACACAAUUCAAUACACCAUCACGUCAAACGCAUUGUGAAUCUAGGAGUAAGCAAACAUCCGCUGUAGAACUGUCACAUGAUCAAACAAAUUUGAAGGCCACACCUCCAAACUCUGUCUCUCCAGACCUUUUCCUUAAAGCUGUACCACAAAUUCAGACAGAAAAUGCUGCUCAGACCAACACAAAACCUUCAUCACAACUACCUGCUCCCACUCCCAGUGAGAGUUUUGAUGGCUCUUCUCCUAGGCCUGCCACAGAUUGUAUAUCUUCAUCUACAUCCUCAGUUUGUCGAAGCAGUCAAGUUACAACAAUACCCUCACAGCUCUCAACUGUGUCGGAGAAAGGCAAUGCUUCAGAGAUAUCUCUGAAAUCUGUGCCUUCUGAAUUGUUGGCACAACCAACACUUGAAAGCAACAUAUCAGGUGCAAGUCCUCCACUAACCUCUGUUAGUGCCACCUCAACUGCAUUUGCCCAGACAUGUGAGCUUUUAUCUGAACACAUUGAGAAAGCUAGCCUUCUUCAGCGAUUAUCAGUUUCUGAAUUAACUCAACCUCCUGUGCAACCUGAUACACCACUGGAAACUACAUUUAAUCUAAACCAGACAAAUGUUCUUUCUCAACCUAAGCCUGAACCCACACAAACAGCCCCCACACAUUCAAGCCAAAUACCUAUAGCCCCAAUAUCAUCUCCCGAUGCACUUGAAACCACAUCUGACUCCGCUCAGCAAUCAACGGCUUCUAGGCAGAGAACUACACAUAAGUCUGUGCCUGCUGAAGAACAGAGAACUGAGAAUCAGCAAGACCCAACUGUGCCAAAGGAACAUGGCUUAGUUGACUCUACAGAAGAAGUGCAAAUAGACAUAUAUGAAAAAUCUGAGAAAGCUGAGAGAGAUAAUAGCCAGUCUCAGGCAAAAAAGAGAAAAUUGGAAAAUUUGCCAGAGGAUCAGGGGUCUGCUACACCCUUAAUCUCAGACACAGUGCUGCAAACCACUUCUGCAAAUGUGGGUGAGGCACAACUAGAAGACGAGAGUCAGAGAAAAGAACAAGAGAGCAAAAGCACAGACAGGAAAAAAAACAUUAUUCGACAAAGCAGUCAGGAAUCUGUUCGCUCCUCCUCGCCGUCUUCUGUUUCUUCCAGUGGUACUCUCUCAUCUCGGUCGAAAAAAUCUGCAGAGAGCCGUAUGCCAGCAAAGAGAAAGCGAAUGGAGAGAGAUUCAGAAAAAGAUCGAGCGUCUGAUCAAGAGCCAAUGAAAACGGAGAGUCAGUGUUGUUCUUCCUCAGAUUCAGAAGACUCUGCUGGUCAAGAAAGACGUCUUACUCGUUCAUCACACAAAAGUUUGGAGAAGGAGGCCACUAGUGACAAAGAUGACAAAAACAGUAAUGGGCGAAGGAGGUCUGAAAAGAAAGCAACCAAAGAACUGGAGUCCACUGCAUCGACACCAGUUAGGGUAACCCGUAAAUCCACAGGCACCCAACCCAUUUCAAAACUGACUUCUCCAGUCUCAUCUGAGCCUGAGGUGCUAGGCAAACGCUGCUCAGCACUCAAUGCAGCUGCUAAACUUUUGGCUAUGAGAGGAAAGGGACCAGAUCCACCAAGUUCCAGUUCCAAAUCAAAGGCUACACAAGGACAGCAAUCCUCUAGUGAAAAAAUCAAUAAGUCUAAAGGCAAACAAGACCAGGACUCCCCUAAGACAAAUUCAGUUGUUAACAAAACAGAGAGUAGUCAACAAACCCCUACACGUUUAACAGAUUCCCCACAGUCCACCACUGGAACAGGUCUCUCUGCUUCCCGCUCUACUCGGCAGAGACCAGGAAAUCUUGUACCUCCCUUGGAAACAGAAGCUAAGAGAGCCAAAAGGGAGGAAAAGAAGAAAACUCCAGAUCAGAAGGAGGAAGUAGAGGAAGAACACCGAGAGACGAGGUCUUCAAGAGGGCACAGUGCUUGCAGUAGUGUAAGCAGUGAAAGGGGUGCAGGCAGCAGCAGGAGCCGGAGUAGCAGCAACAGCAGCCAGUGCACUCGCAGCCUGAGCUCACGGAGCACUGGUCCACCACACUCGCACUCGAGAGCUCCUUCUUCAGGUAGCGACACUGAGAAAGGGAAAGGCCGGCAUAAGAAAACUGGAGAGAACCGAGGCCGUGAAAGCAGGAGAGAGAGGCAUUCAAAAAAUAAUGAGAAGCCAGAGCCCAAUGCUGGAUCAUGUGAGGGAACUCCUGACAGGGUGCUGAGGAGUGUUGCCGCGCUGGCAGCAGCUCAGGCUCGCACUCCAGCUAGCAACACUCGUUCUUCCUCCAGUCAACAACGGCAGUCCAAAACUUGAUUUAGGAAAAGAGAGAUAAGGACUGAGAACUGCAGUAAUGAGAGCAAGGUUUUUACGGGUUUUAAGGAACUGGGGAUCAAACUUGCUAUUCUUUAACACUGUCUGUGAGACGUCAGAUUGAGUCUAUUGCAUUUUGCAAUAAGAACCAAACUUGGGUGCAUUCUCAACUAUUAAGCCAUCUUGUGUGUGAAGAGAAAACAGAGAUGCAGGACAGAUGGGGAGAUGGUUACCCAUUUAAAAAGAUGGCAUUGGUAUGGUCUUGGUAAUAAGAUCAAAAGGACUGUACUUAACUAUACCACAAGGACUUUGGACAGCUGGGCAAGGGGCAAGAGUUGUUUAGUUCACACUAUGUACUGUAAUCGUUUAAAGACUGGAAUACUAAAAGAAGUAUCUGUUUAGAUGGGUCAUGUGUACCCUUUAUACAGAGUUUACUUGUGCUGCAAAGGUGAUUGCAUAAAGUAAUUUAUGCUACAUUUGAAAGAUUGAGUCAUUGUUAAAACAUUUUUAAGCAGUUGGGCUAUACAAAAUGUUUGCCUUGCUGUUGACUAUUGUUUGUUUCAAGUCAGUUGAUAAAUUAAGAAUAUUCUGUGGUUUCUUCCAGGGUAUGAAGAGAGCAGGUCUGUAAAUGUGAUUUUGCUGCACUAUGCUGGAGUUAGUCUCUACUCAGACCUCCAUGUCUUGUGUAUUUUUUUUUUUCUCUAUAAGUUUCUUUUAAGUCCAGGCUGCAUUUCUCCAUUUGCACAUCUUACAUAAUACCCCUGGAUAGUUUUUUUUACAUUGCUUUCAAUCAAGUUAAUUAAUUACUGGUACCUCACACUAUGUAUAUCUUUGAGCUUGUGAAAAAUCUUGAAGUCUGCUUGUCCUUUGCUUUCUGGCAAUAUGGAGAUGAAAUGCAACCUCAUCAAAAAAGAAAUUUCACCUUUUCCAAAGUAUUAUUGGUCAACUUUCUAUUAAACUUUGUUGUCGAACAGUCUCAAGUUAGUGUGACAAAGUGAGAGUGCCUGUUGAUCCACAUAGGACUGGAUCCCUGUAUGCCUUGUUAAGAAAACAAAUUUGGGCUUCAAAGAUUUUUAGUGUUUCAAGUGUAAUAAAGAAAUUUUCCAUCCAGAACUACAGGAGGUACAUCUGUGUUAAUGUCCAACCAAACUGAAAACACCUCUUUAGUGUACAUUGCUGUUGUCAUCCUUUUUUAUUCAUCCUUUUUAUGAUAAACUCAAAAGAAAUUCUGCAUAAACCUUUUGAAUUUUUUUUCAGUAAGCCCUUGACAGUCAGUUGCUGUCAUUGUCCCAUUUUGGGGUAGACACUUGUUUUCGGGGAAUGGGUAGGAUGUGGUGAUAGUCUUAUUUUUAUUUUGUCUCUUUGAAUUUGUUACAUUCCUUUUGUUCCCAUGUAAUUCCACAUUGUUUUACUUGAAAGAUUGAAACAACAAAAGUCAGUUGAAUAAAAAGACCAAAAAUAUCCA